AUGGCAGCACAUGGCCCCUAUGCACUGGCGCCGCUGUUGUGUCAGUGUGGCCAGCGAUAUGACCCAAAUGCCAACGAAUGGACCAUCAUCCAGCCCAUGCAUGAGGAGCGACAGGAUGCCAGUGCCACCACCCUGAAUGGAAAGAUAUACAUUUGUGGGGGUAGCAAUGGAGCUCAGACCACUUCCACUGCGGAGUGCUAUGAUCCACUCACGGGCGAAUGGACCUUGAUCGCUCCCAUGCGCACUCGCCGACGUGGCCUUGGAGUAGCGGCAUAUCAGGGAAACAUCUAUGCGGUGGGCGGUACCAACGGGGCUCAUCCAGUGCGGACUAUGGAGGUCUAUGACCCUGCAAUUAACCAGUGGCACGCUGGGCCUCCCAUGAGACAACAAAGAAGCUAUUUCGGCAUCGCAGUGGUGGACGGCUUGCUGUUUGCGAUGGGAGGCUCCGAUGGCUUC